GUAACUUGACGUGUCGUAUAAGUACCGCAGGGAGCCGACUUCCGACUUUGCGCUCGCUUCACAGGUGGUAAUUGAACACCUAAUUCCGUCGCGAACCCUCUCGUCGCCAUGUCCAAACCUUUGACGGACCAGGAAAAAAGAAAGCAAAUCUCGGUUCGGGGUCUAGCCGGCGUGGAGAACGUCGCGGACCUCAAGCUCAAUUUCAACCGACAUCUUCAUUUUACGCUGGUGAAGGACCGCAAUGUGGCCACCAAGCGGGACUACUACUUUGCGCUGGCCAACACCGUCCGCGACCACCUAGUAGGACGCUGGAUACGGACGCAGCAGCACUACUACGAGACCGACCCCAAGCGGGUCUACUACCUCUCCUUGGAGUUCUACAUGGGCCGGACCCUGCAGAACACCAUGGUCAACCUGGCCUUGGAGAACGCUUGCGACGAGGCCACGUACCAGCUGGGCCUCGACAUGGAGGAGCUGCAGGACAUGGAGGAAGAUGCGGGCCUAGGCAACGGCGGGCUGGGUCGGCUGGCCGCUUGUUUCCUGGAUUCCAUGGCCUCGCUGGGCCUGGCCGCUUACGGAUACGGCAUCCGCUACGAGUUUGGCAUAUUCAAUCAGAAAAUCGUCGACGGGCGGCAGGUGGAGGAAGCCGAUGACUGGCUGCGUUAUGGCAAUCCCUGGGAGAAAGCCCGCCCCGAGUACAUGCGCCCGGUCCACUUCUACGGGCGGGUAGAACACACGGCCGAAGGCGUCAAAUGGGUCGACACGCAGAUGGUUCUGGCUCUCCCCUACGACACGCCCGUGCCCGGCUACCGAAACAACAUCGUCAAUACCAUGAGGCUGUGGUCAGCCAAGGCGCCGUGUGAUUUCAACCUCCAAGACUUCAACGUGGGCGGCUACAUCCAAGCGGUGCUCGAUAGGAACUUGGCGGAGAACAUCUCCAGGGUUCUCUACCCGAAUGACAACUUUUUUGAGGGCAAGGAGCUGCGUCUGAAGCAGGAAUACUUUGUGGUGGCCGCCACGCUCCAAGACAUCGUCCGCCGAUUCAAAGCGUCCAAGUUCGGCUCCACCGAGUUUGUUCGCUUGGAUCUGUCGGCGCUGCCCGACAAGGUGGCCAUCCAGCUGAACGACACCCAUCCCGCUUUGGCCAUCCCUGAGCUGAUGAGGACCCUGGUGGACGUGGAGAAGCUCCCGUGGGAGAAGGCCUGGGACAUCGUGGUGCGGACUUGCGCCUACACCAACCACACCGUGCUGCCCGAGGCUUUGGAGCGCUGGCCCGUGGAUCUCUUCCAUAACCUGCUGCCCCGUCACCUGGAGAUCGUCUACGAGAUCAACAGGAGGCAUCUGGAGCGCGUGGCCAAGGUGUACCCGAACGACGCCGACCGCCUGCGCCGCAUGUCGCUCAUCGAGGAGGGCGACGUCAAGAAGAUCAACAUGGCUCACUUGUGCAUCGUCGGCUCGCACGCCGUCAACGGGGUGGCCCGCAUCCACUCGGAAAUCAUCAAAAGCACCGUCUUCAAGGACUUCUAUGAGAUGGAUCCUCACAAGUUUCAGAACAAGACCAACGGCAUCACGCCCAGGCGCUGGCUUCUCAUGUGCAACCCGGGACUGGCUGAUGUCAUCGCCGAGCGAAUCGGCGACGACUACAUCCGGGACCUGGACCAGCUGAAGGGGCUGCUGGAGUUCGUGGACGACGACGCCUUCAUCCGAGACGUGGCCAAAGUCAAACAGGAGAACAAGAUGAAGUUCGCCGCCCAUCUGGAGGAGCACUACGGCGUGAGGAUCAACCCCAGCUCCAUGUUUGACGUGCAGGUGAAGCGGAUCCACGAGUACAAGAGGCAGCUGCUCAACUGCUUGCACAUCAUCACGCUCUACAACCGCAUCCGGAAGGAGCCCAACAAGGCUUGGACCCCGAGGACCGUUAUGAUCGGAGGAAAGGCGGCUCCGGGUUACCACACGGCCAAGCUGAUCAUCCAGCUGAUCACAUCCAUCGGUAAUGUCGUCAACAACGACCCCGUGGUCGGAGAUCGCCUCAAGGUCAUCUUCUUGGAGAACUAUCGAGUCACUCUGGCCGAGAAAGUCAUCCCGGCGGCGGAUCUGUCCGAGCAGAUCUCCACGGCCGGCACCGAGGCCUCGGGCACCGGCAACAUGAAGUUCAUGCUGAACGGCGCCCUCACCAUCGGCACCAUGGACGGCGCCAACGUGGAGAUGGCAGAGGAGGCCGGCGAGGAGAACCUCUUCAUCUUCGGCAUGAGGGUGAAGGACGUGGAAGCGAUGGACAAAACCGGAUAUGACGCAAUGUCCUACUACAACCGCAUCCCUGAGUUGAAGCAGGCUGUGUCUCAGAUCGCAGCGGGCAUGUUCAGCCCACAGCAGGUGGACCUCUUCAAGGAUCUGGUCAACAUGCUGAUGCACCACGACAGGUUCAAGGUGUUCGCAGACUACGAGGACUACAUCAAGUGCCAGGAGCGAGUGAGCGCCCUCUAUAAGGACCCUAAAGAGUGGACCAAGAUGGUGAUCCGGAACAUCGCCUCGUCGGGUAAAUUCUCCAGCGACCGCACCAUUUCCCAGUACGCCAGGGAGAUCUGGGGCAUGGAACCCAGUCUGGAGAAGAUCCCCGCCCCCGACGACUAAAGUGCACGUAGACGCACAAAAAAACAUAGAUGUAGCCUCGCACUGUUAUAGCUCGACAUUUUCAUCCUCUAUUGAGAAACCCUAGCCAGUAUGCGGUUGUACUAACUCCUACCUGAAUCUCGUCUGGCAACACACACACACACCAAAACACUGUAAAGCUUCUACUGUAAGUCGUCUUCCGUUCUUUGGCUCUUCUGCACGCUGCCACCUUAGAUGAUCCAAAAGCACCCAAUCGCUAAUGAGAGAGAGCGAGAGACUCCAUUGAAGGAAUAAUGGUUUUCUGUGUAGUCCUGUGUAUUUCAACCAAACCAUGUACUGUAACCAUUUCAUUUGCACGUCACUUUCCACGUCUGUCCGUGUUUGUCAAUAAACGGCCAAUUUAGUCGA